AUGUUCGUGCUGGGCCCGCACCUGGUGGAGCGAGGCGACGACGACCCCAGCAGCUCCAGCGACGAGGAGACGGGCGAUGUGCUGCAGCUGAAGAUCGUGGGUCGAAUUCAGACUGAUCCUGUAUGUGUAACAUGUCUCAAAUCUGACAGUUUACAAAAGGAGUGCCUGCCAUUUUCGCAGCACCACACGAGGCAGCGCGUUCUAGCGGCGGGCGCAGCAAGCACGUGGAGCGAGGCGGAUGGCGGUGUGUCGUCGCUGUUGCAGAAGCGCCGCGAGGAGUGCGAGCGCAAGGCGCGGCGCGGCGAGAUGGACCCGCGCCUGGAGUUCACCUUCCAGCUGCUGCUGGACGCCACGGGGCUGCCGCGCUCCGACCUCAUGGACUACGUCUUCGAGGGCAACAUGCUGGACGAGAUCAACCAGCUUUUCCUGCCGCACAUGCGCGACAAGCUGAUGUGGUUCUACCAGGAGGUGGAGGAGAGCGCGGCCCUGCCGCAAGUGGAGACGGCCAAGCCGGGCGCCGGCAGGGGCGCGCAGACGGCCGCCCCCAGGACCGCCGCCCCCGCCGCCGCCAGCGCCCCCAAGAAGAAGCAGCUGUUCCUGACGGACGGCUGGCAGGUGCCGCUCACCGGCCUCUGCGUCUACAUCUUCCGCCUCAACACCGGCAAGCAGCUGCCCGAGGAGGGCUUCCACAAGGACCUGUACUGCGGGGUGCUGGACGCGGCGCACGUGGGGCUGGUGACCAGCGUGGAGCGCGUCAUGGACCACGUGUUCAUGGAGGCGCUGGCCCACCCGGCGGCCGACUGCGAGGACGACGACGCCGGCAACCCCACCAUCAAGAACCAGCUGCUGCCCGGGCUGCGCUCCUUCUGCAGCGCGCUCAAAGUGUGCGAGGAGGUGUGCGACCAGCCCAACCUGUUCGAGGACGGCCUGACGCCGAUGGCUGACGUCAGCAGCCUCGACGACGUGAGGGACUACGUCAAGAUGCCGUCCACGGCGUUCCAGCUGGAGGAGCGGGUGAAAGCGUGGAUCAGGCGGGUGCAGGAGGUGAUAAUGGAGAGCCAGCAGCUACGGCGGGAGAACGAUGCCAGCGGUCCCCAGGACGAGCUGGAGUACUGGAAGAAGAGAGGCGCCCAGUUCUCUCAGAUCGUGUCCAACCUGCAGAACCACGAGGUCCAGAUGACGCUGAUGUGUCUCCAAGUGUCUCGCUCGAGGCUGCUGAAGCAAUGGCGCGAAACUGACCGGCAGAUUACCUUCUGCUACAACGAGGCUCGCGACAACGCCAAGUUCAUCCAGUCCAUGGAGAGGUGCUGCCACGCUCUUUACCUGCACGAUCCAGUGAAAAUGAAGGACUCUAUAAUGAGCCUUCUGCAAACGGUCAGACUGAUCCACAGCGUCUCCCAGUACUACAAUACUUCAGAGAGAACCUCCUCGCUAAUGGUUAAGAUCACGAACCAGAUGAUCGAGUCGUGCAAGCAGUAUGUGACGUGCCGCGGCAAGGAGACGGCGCGGUCCCAGAUCCUGCAUUGUGAUUGUCGUAUCACGAACCAGAUGAUCGAGUCGUGCAAGCAGUACGUGACGUGCCGCGGCAAGGAGACGGCGCGGUCCCAGAUCCUGCAUUGUGAUUGUCGUGUCUGUAGAUCACGAACCAGAUGA